AUGAGCAACCCCAACAUCCACGCUCGUCGCGAUUUUUGUCGAACCUGCGAGAAUCUUCGCACUAUCGUCAUAUCAAAAGACCAAAAAAUUGCGACUCUUCACGAAGAACUAAUCAUCGCUCAAAAAUCUCUUAUCGUCGCUCAGGACAACUUGUUGAAGUCUUCGUCACUGCGACAGAACAAGAGUAAUAAUAACGCCUCGGCAGCUCCUUUGAGUCAGCCACUUGUAAACGGUGCUUGGCCUUUUAUUGAUUUGCCUAAUGCUGCUGCUGCGUCUAAUAUGGCGGCUCCUAUUGGUAAUAUUGGAUCCGGUGGUGAUGGCGACGGUACUGAUAUUAAUGAUUCGAAUGGAAAUGGAAUGAACGGAUCGCAUGACCAUGGAACGCCGAUUUUCCGUGCUUUCAUCGGAGAUGUUCCUAGAGACAUCGAUCGUACUCGCUUGAUUCAAUGUUUGGAAAUCACGUUUGGUCCUGUCGUGGAUAUUCAAUUCAUUCCAAGCAAGAAUUGCGCAUUUGUCCACUUUGCCACUCAAAACGGCUACGAUAAUGCCAUUCGUGAAGGAUUCGUUUAUGUUAAAGGACAAAUUGACGCGCAAAAAUAUCUGAGUUUAUCAAGAUAUUAA